AUGGCGCAAGAAAAUCCAAACUGUUCGAACAAAUUAAAUGAAAAAGAUAGUGGAAAGAUCGACGAAAAGAGUCACGAAUUUCUUCGUAAACUUUAUUAUUUUAUAGGAAAUUAUGAAGGUCAACUUCCUAACCUCAGAGACAUUUUUCGGCCCGAAGCUGUCGAGUGGCUUCUCACGGAAUCUGUCAAAUCUGAUACGUUGGUGCCAAGACCUCUCGUCAACUUUGUGGUCAACACCGGCUACAAAGACGAGCCUGACGUUGGCGAAGACGCCAAGCCAUCAAUGCGUCGCACCACACCGAUACAUCAUGCGACUCGGAAGAAUCGAGGAUACUUGACUCCUGAUCUUUUCAAAAUUUACGACAGAUGUGAUGUCAAUUACACAGACGAAGAUGGAUUGACGCAUUUUCACGUGGUCUGCGAGUAUGGCUGUGACGACAUCGUCGAGAAAUUUCUCGAACACGGAGUAGAUCCCAAUUUUCUCGAGCAAGGAACAGAUUAUUCUCCGCUGCACUUGGCUCUGAUCAACGAUAGCGAACAAGUGUUUAAAUUGCUGCUGAGAAGCGGCGCAGAUCCGAAUCUAGCUAAUGCAGAGGGAUGUACUCCUCUGCAUAUGAUUUGUCGGAAUAAACACUACGAUGAGUAUGCGAUUUGGUUGUUCGAAAUGAGCCACGAAAAAUAUCAUCCGAUAAACGUUGGUGCCGUGGACAAGUCGGGUGAUACCCCAUUGCACUUGGCUGUGGCCGAAGGUCACUGCAAGGCGAUCGAAUUUCUACUGAAAGCAGGCCGCAACAGACGCGGAAGGAUCGACUCCACUGCAUGUUAUUUGCAACAGAGACAAAUACGACAACAAUGUCGACGAGUGCCAUGA